UUUAAAGAAAUGUCAAAAUCUACCAUGUUCCUAAGACCAUAUCUUAGGCUAUAUAAUUCAGUCCAUCUUAAUUUGUGUCUCUUCCCCUUCCCAUUCGCUGUUUCACUAUCAGAGACAGAAGGCCAGAGCAAAAUGAGAUCCAGAGCCGCCACCUUUUACUACUAUCACCUAUGUAAAAGGGGCCAGGCACGGGGCGGUGACCUUUGCCGGGAGAGCCGGCUGGCGCUGGCAGAAGCUGGGCCGGGCAGUGCUGUCCCCUCCCCUCCCCGCCCGCAGGCCGCAGCGCGGUCCUUUCCCGGGGCGCGGCGCUGCCCCCCGCUCCCGCCAUGGCCGCCGCCGUCUCCGUUACCGCUGCCCGCGCGCGCCGCGUCACGGCCGGCUCGCGGGCAGGGCCCGGGCCGCCGCACGCCGCCCAGCGGGACCGCCGCAGCCAUGGAGGGAGGGAAAAAGCGCCAGGAUAAAGACACGUCAAAAGGAAAAAAACUACCUCAGGAUGCUUCAGGCAUGGCUCCAACAGAAGGAAAGGCAAAGUCAAAAAGCCGUAACACAUACAGACUGGAGCCACGGACUAAAGUUCAGGAUGCCUUAUUAAGAGACAAAGCUCAAGCGAUACUAACGAAUAAACUACAAGAAGCCACAUAUGAUGGAGCUUCUAGUCCCUUCUUGUGUGCUUCCAUCUCAGAAGAAAUAUUAAAUGCUGUGAAGGAAUUGGACUAUGACCGUUAUAAGUAUGUGGUAUCAGUGCUAAUUGUGGAAAAAGCAAAUCAGGCAAUGAUUGUUGGCAGCAGAUGCCUCUGGGAUGCUCAAAGAGACACUUGGGUUUCAGCUAAAUGUGAAACUGAUACAUUUAUUGCACUGGCUUUGGUAAUGGCUUGUUAUUAUGACUAAAACUCUGAAAGUCACAGCUGCAUUUGUGCACCACAAUACAUAGUAUAUUUGAAAAUUUUCAAAACAUUAUUUUAGUAUUCAUAUUUGUCCUGUUGCUGUUGGCACAUUCAAACUGACAUGCAGUUGAGAUAAUUUUGCUCGGUUUUGCUCUGUUAAAAAAAAA